UAUUACCUCUACAACUAUCUACAUCCACUUCGAGCAAACGAAUUUUCGAAGCGCAUAUUGUCGUAAUCAUCAUCAACAACCACGUCAGCCAUGGCGCUUCCAACAGAUCAACCGCCUGCGAAUCCCAUGUUCGCUACCUCGAACUCGUCGCGCCCAACGGCCGCUGAGAAGGCGAAUCCUAGCGCACCAGUAGAACCCUCACAGACCUCAUCACCACCACCAAGCUUUGUCCCGUCUCGCAAAUCGGUUUCGCCUUCGCAUCAAGACGGCCCUCGCUUGUCAACAGGUGAAAAUGGCGUCGCCGCGCUGGACUUUCAGGGCUCUGUUGAUAGCAACAACGACCUACCAAGCCUGGCGACCAUAAAGAAGAUCGAAAACUACCAUGUCCUCGAUCGCGAUGGCAAGUCGCACACCUUCCGGAGUCUCUACACUGGCAAGCACGUUGCCCGCCGAGUCCUCAUCAUCUUUGUCCGCCACUUCUUCUGCGGUCAAUGCCAAGAAUACCUCCGCACCCUCUCUGCCUCCAUAACCCCCGACGCCCUCCUCCGUCUUCCACUCUCGACAUUCAUCGCCGUUGUCGGCUGCGGCGACCCACAGCUCAUCAACAUGUACGCCCAAGCGACCAACUGCCCGUUCCCCAUUUACGCCGAUCCCACACGCAAGUUAUACCAGGAGCUCGGCAUGGUGCGCACCCUCGCGCUGGGCGAGAAGCCCGCCUACAUAACCAAGAACCUGGUCAAAUCCUCGUUGGGUUCGAUCAUCACAGGUAUCAAACAGAUCCCCAAGGGGCUAGCCAACAAAGCGGGAGACUUUAAGCAGAUUGGCGGCGAGUUCUUGUUCGAGCCGGUGGACAUUCAGAGUCCCGUCAACGCCGUACAAUGGGAGGACAUGGAAAGAACCCUGGAAAGGGCAACAAGGGAGAACAAUGAAGCGGCUGCUGCUGCUGCUGCUACCGAGAGGAAGAGGGACAGUUCCGACUCACGGCUAGAACCAGACUCUGACGACAAGGAGACCGGUGUAGGUAGCAACAGCAAGGGGACAAUAAAGAAGGAGAAAAAGAUCUUCGGCGGUCAAGGACACCGUCCGUCGGAAGCCAGCAUCGAUGGCAAGAACGAAGAGGACGAGGGCGAGGAGAAGAGAGUGACGUGGUGUCACCGCAUGAAGACGACGAGAGAUCAUGUCGAGAUUCCUGAGCUUAUGGAGGUGCUGGGGCUUGAUGGGCAAGGGGAACCCAUCAAGGACUCCAGGAGGUGGACCAAGGCGCUGGAAACAAGAAAGGGAACAGGGUUUAGCAUGGCGGGUAGGAUGAAUACUAUGAAGGCGGAGGCGGGGGCUUAGGAAGGCUUUAUGUGCUCGCCGUUUGGAAGAAAAGGGAGUAAAAAGAAGACGAGGGAGGGUUCGACAUCAUCGGGGAUGACGGGACGAUGAUGAGAAAGGAAUUGGUAUAGGAUCAGGAUCCUUACAAAGGCAGGAGAAAGGGUAGCAAGCGGGUGAAGAAGCCUAGUUGACUUUGGCAUGGUGCAUGGUUGUUUUUAUUCUCUUGGCUUAACUAUUCCCACACGGCAUGGCGGCUGUUUU